CGGUGCUUCUUGAGAGACACCUUAAGAGUCCAAGCGUGAGAUACGGUAAUCCCACCGGAAGACACAAGGAGAUUCUAUUGUGUGCCACUUUUGCCUUUCACCAUCCCCAAAGCAUAUGUGAAGCUAAGUGGAUUGUGCCUCUGGUUAAACCCCAGAGAUUGGACGAGUGAGCUUCAAUAGCCUAAUCUUUUCCUUUUCUUGGCUAGGACCCAAUAGAAGGAUAAUCUCUUAACUGGAUCAAGUGAAUUUAUUCAAUCAAUUGGAAGAAAAGAAACUCAAUAAAAAGUGCUCUAAAUUGUGUCUGAAAGUGAAAAGUGAAAAAAAGGAGUGAUAGAUAGUGAAUAUCAAACAGGGACUUGGGGUGGUGUGAAAAUAAAUUCCUGGAUUGUAACGUUUGCGGAAGCUUUUGAGUGGUGCUAUAGUAAAAAACAAAGGUGAAGAAAGAGGGUGAAAUUGUGAAAGUGAAUAUAGAGGAUACUGUGAAUUGAAAAGAGGUGCGAAAAGCGUCCAUUCUCAGGGGAUAGAUAAAAGCCAAACGGCUCACUGGAGGCACUAAGACGCCAGUCGAGGUCCAUUGCGGCACGGCGUGGACGCAAAGUCAAGUUUUCCGAAUGGGAGGAUCCAGGACAACACACACGAGAUCCCGGUGUUUUUAAGAGCUUCGUGUUUGUGUUUCGCUAAAUUUUAACGAUCUUUCUUCUUGCUUCUUCAGCCAAGUGAAGCGGAGACGAAAAUGGGGAGAGCGAAGACACCGUGGGAGAUAUCAACUUAGAUAACAUUAGUGGAGGAUCACGAGCUACAUCUAGACGGACGUCCCUGGCCGAAAUGAUCUCCAGGGUGCGUCGGACGUCUGGUCAGGACACAAAAGUUGACAUACCGCUGCCCCAUUACACCAUCCCUAUUGAAAAGUUUGCAGAUAAAAGAGUCAAAAGACACAGUAUACACGGUAUGAUGGAAGAGGAAAGUGGUCAAAGACCUCAUCAGGAAAUGGAGCAGUUGUCCCUGGAUGAGAAAAAAUUCCUUCUGGCUGUGGAACGUGGAGAUGUUGCAAGUUCCCGGAGGAUGCUGCAGAGAGCUCAGGAUACAGGAUACAUUGAUAUCAAUUGCAUGGAUCCUCUGGGACGGUCUGCACUUCUGAUGGCCAUUGACAACGAGAAUUUAGAAAUGGUGGAGUUGCUUAUAAAUCACAAUGUUGACACGAAGGAUGCCCUCCUGCAUGCCAUUUCUGAGGAAUUUGUAGAAGCUGUGGAGGUUCUUCUUGACCAUGAGGAUACAAAGCAGCAACAAGGUGGAAAACAUAGUUGGGAGUCCCUAUCUCCAGACACGGCUACCUUUACCCCAGACAUCACACCACUCAUACUAGCCGCACAUCGAGACAACUACGAGAUAAUCAAAAUUCUCCUGGACAGGGGAUCAGUGUUACCAAUGCCACACGACGUCCGCUGUGGCUGUGAUGACUGUGUCACAUCCCGUGGUGAGGACUCCCUUCGACACUCCCGUUCUCGCAUUAAUGCAUAUCGAGCACUCGCUAGCCCGAGCCUCAUCGCCUUAUCAUCCAAGGAUCCAAUUCUAACGGCCUUUGAGCUCUCCUGGGAGCUACGCAGAUUGAGCUUCCUGGAACAUGAGUUUAAAAAUGAAUAUCAAGAGCUGCGGAAGCAGUGUCAGGAUUUCGCCACUGCCCUUCUCGAUCACACGAGAACAUCGCAUGAGCUGGAAGUGCUUCUCAACCAUGAUCCUACGGGACCUGUAUUUGAGCAUGGCGAGCGAAUGCAUCUCAAUCGCUUAAAGUUGGCCAUCAAGUUGCGUCAGAAGAAAUUUGUCGCUCACCCAAAUGUUCAGCAGCUCCUGGCCAGCAUCUGGUAUGAGGGAUUGCCAGGGUUCAGACGGAAAAACAUGGCCCUACAGGCACUGGAAAUUAUUCGAAUUGGGAUGCUCUUCCCGCUCUUCUCGAUUGCCUACAUCAUUGCACCACAUUCCACUUGUGGCCAAACCAUGAGGAAACCCUUCAUAAAAUUCAUCUGUAACAGCGCUUCGUAUCUCACAUUUCUCUUUCUCCUUAUGUUGGCGUCGCAGCGCAUUGAAUCGGUUGUCGGAGGAUGGUUUUGGGAGACGGAAACAGUUCAGCAAGACGAAGUACCGACAAAGAGAGGCUCCACGCCGACCUUUGUGGAGUGGUUGAUCCUAUCCUGGGUCAGUGGGUUAAUUUGGAGUGAAGUAAAGCAGCUGUGGGAUGUUGGUUUGCAGGAAUACGUCAAUGAUAUGUGGAAUGUCAUCGAUUUCAUCACCAAUUCACUCUACGUAGCCACGGUGGCUUUAAGGAUUGUUUCGUAUUUCCAGGUGCAAAAGGAGAUGGCAUAUAAUAAAUAUGCUGCCGAUUUGCCUCGUGAAAAAUGGGACACUUGGGAUCCAAUGCUGAUUUCUGAGGGAUUAUUUAGUGCUGCCAACAUUUUCAGCUCCCUCAAGCUUGUCUACAUCUUUUCUGUGAAUCCACAUCUGGGUCCACUUCAGGUUUCACUCUCACGCAUGGUCAUGGAUAUCAUGAAAUUCUUCUUCCUCUACGUUCUCGUUCUCUUUGCAUUCAGCAGUGGCCUCAAUCAACUUCUCUGGUACUACGCGGAUCUGGAGAAGAAACGCUGCGUCGACAAUAUACAGUCUACGAGUCUUGUGAUAAAUGGUACGGCAGACCCCAACGCGUGCAUCGUUUGGCGUCGAUUUGCCAAUUUGUUUGAAACAACCCAGACGCUAUUUUGGGCUGUCUUUGGCCUUGUGGACUUGGAUAGUUUUGAAUUGGAUGGAAUUAAGAUCUUCACGAGAUUUUGGGGAAUGCUCAUGUUCGGCACGUAUUCUGUGAUUAAUAUUGUGGUCCUCCUCAAUCUUCUAAUAGCCAUGAUGAAUCACUCAUAUCAAUUAAUUUCGGAACGAGCUGACAUUGAGUGGAAAUUUGCAAGAUCUCGCCUUUGGAUAAGUUACUUUGAAGAGGGAGGAACAUGUCCACCACCAUUUAACGUCAUUCCCACACCAAAAUCCUUCUGGUACAUCUUCCAGUGGAUCAAGCGGAAAUUCUGUGGUCACUCGAGAUCCGUCAAGAAGGAACAUAUGCGAACAAUAAGGCAAAAGGCUAAACAGGCCAAUCAGCGAGAUUUCAUCUAUCAAACCAUAAUGCGGAACUUAGUGAGGAGGUACGUUACAGUAGAGCAACGUAAAGCUGAAUCUCAAGGCGUCACGGAGGAUGAUGUCAAUGAGAUUAAGCAGGACAUAUCGGCCUUCCGGUGUGAAUUGGUGGAGAUAUUAAAGAAUAGUGGCAUGAAUACGAGUACAGCAUCAGGACAGGGUUCUGGAGCUGGAGGCAAGAAGAAUCGUCAGAAGGAGAGACGUCUUAUGAAAGGAUUCAAUAUUGCUCCACCUCAGCAGAGCUCUCAGCUUCCACCAGUAGCUGAAUUUUCUUCAGGUGGUUUACCACAUCAACACUCAGAUCCACAUCAUUACGAGAUGUUUGGUUCACCUCUGUCGAAUAUCUUUGGGCCAGGGAUUACACCGAAGAAAACUCAUCAUAAUCCCAUGCAGCAGUUUAGUUCCUCACAGAGUUCUUUUGGUGAUUCCCAGCCGAGUGCUGCAUCGAAAUUGGGAAAGCUGGCUCCCAAGUUUCACACAAAACGUAUUGGGGGAUCUCAUAAACGUAGAUGGGGUACCUUGAUAGAGGCGGCAAAAUCGGGAAGUGUUUCUCGCUUCAUCGGACGUUCUCGGAGUGAGGACUCUGUCUGCAAUGCUCCACCCAACACCAGCAACCGCAUGGACUCUGCAAGUCAUAGCAAUAGUCCUGCAUCCGAUGAAGCCGUCACGGAGUCUGCAACUGAUUCCAAUCCUAGUCUAGAUCGACCAGAUGUCGAACCAUCAAGGGAUAUGGGUAAAGAGAGCACAACGCAUCAUUUCCAUUUCAGUGCAUUGGCAGCUCUCAAGAGACGUCGGAAGAAAUUCUCAAACAGCCGGAAUGCCAGUCCUGUACUUGAGCCUCCCAUUGAGCACGAUGGGGUGUCCAAAAGCAGCAAGAAGCUUCUGAAAAGGGCCUCAAGUGUCCCCACAAGACCAACUAUCAACGAGAGUACAGAAUCUAUCCCACAAAAUGGUCAGGAUGCGCCAGUGUCCGCUGAUGCUGUUAGUGCAACUCUCACGGCCUCGACAACGGAUGAGAGCGUUGCAGGACAUCUGGUCAUCCCGAUCUGUCCUACUGAGCCCCUUCUGUCGGGCCCCAUGAGUAGUGCGUUGAAAAUGGAUGCGAAUGGUCAUCAGCAGCUACCUAAUUUGCCCAAUGUAAUUCCUUUGAGGGGACAUCUCCAUCAGCAGGGUUGGCUUUAACCAUAGCUAUUUAAGCAGUAUUUGCUGCAGGCCUAUUAUUUACUUUGGGCUGUUGCUUUCAGUUGGUGAUUGCAAUUGGCAUAACAUAUUGGGGCUAAUAUUAAAGUUUUCCUCAGU